GUCAAUUUGAUAUAUGUUAUGGCAGUAUAUUCUAGAGUUGCUCUGUUGCUAGCUAUUGCCUUGUUGUUGUGCUUUACAUUGGAUUUCCAUUUUCUUUACUUUAGUUACCAGUAUCAGUUCGCCGCACAUAUAAACUUGCAGCUCUUCUCUACAUAAACUUUGCUGUAGUUGUUGUGACUGUAUGAUGGCACGCAUAAACAUAAAAAUGGAUGUUUUUUGAGUGCAAGACAGCAGUUGGUUACCAGGAGAUGGGGUGGUAAGCCACUCACUGAGACUUUGUGGUGGCCAUUUAGUGAGGUGAAAUUGAGUUUGUGCUGUCUGCCGAGCUAAUGAGUCCUGCCUGGCUAUAGAUAGUUGUUGACACACAUACCCUGAAUGUAGCUUGCGUUUGCUGCUGGUAAGUGCAGCUAAAUUCAAAGUUUUUAUGGCAUCAGAGUCACGUUUGUUUUUUCGUCCAUAUGUGUUCCACCCUCUAAUGGGCUUCUCGUGUGCUCCUAGAACUAGUUACAUCCUGGUAAAUACCUUUGAAAGAUGUCGAAUUACCAUGCACAGCCAUACCUCCAUCAUUAAACAUGGUCCUAUCUAUGUGUGGACUAGAAGGUUUCACGUCUAGCCACCUUAAGUUACAGUAAUACAAGCCAGUUUAUUAAAGUAUUGAUGGAGGAAUGUUCAGGUCUGCCUUGUAAGCAUGAGUGGUAUCGAUUUGUACCUUUGAAAAGUAGACAUGUUCAAAAGUAGCAGCAGUGUUGGGCCUCAACACAGGAACUCGCAUCCCUCCACCUCACCCAUCAAUUUUCAAGAAUCCUCUUACAAUUCACAGCUUGUGUCACAAUGGAUGAGAUCAACUCUGGCUUAAACUAUGGGAUCGCUGGUGUGUAUGUACUGCUAUAUGUAAGCCAGAGGGUAGUGUUCCAAUAGCCUCAUAGGUUUAGGGGCCCAUAAACCUCUUGGUCAAGUUGUUUUGACCCUGUUACAGAUUAUUCUUCCUGACCUCUGUCCUUGUACAUACUGUGCUCGUACGCCUUUAUUUAAAUGCCUAUUGGGGCUUGUUCAUGACCUGUCUGUCCAAUAUGUUGGCUUUGGCCCUUUCCACGGAUGUGGUGAGAGCCCGGUGGGAGAAGAUGUUUGUGGGGGAAGGGAACAUUCAGGUGACAUUGAAGAUAAAUAUAAUAAUGGUGAAAGUGAGGAGAACAUCAAGCAUGCUAUCAUUUAUCUAUGAAUGCUAGGGAUUAAACAGGAACAAAAAUGUUUGACUCAUGAGGCGGGUUUAGCAAACUGGUCCUUUGGCUCACGUGCCCUCCCAAUACGGGAACAUGCAUCAUUCUCACACACACCCACACACACUCACACAUAAAAACGCACUCCUAUAAGCGUUGUUCUGCUCCCCAGAUGGCUGCAAACCUGCCGCGUGAGGCAGGAGGGAAAAAAGUUGAGCACUAAAGCAGUUAACUGCUGGAGCAGAUAGCCUUGGUUUACAUUUGGCUUUCCCCUUGAGAGUGAGGCAAGGUUGUGUUCACAUGACCGUCUCACUACUCAGAAAAGAUUUCACUGUAUUAAAUACAGUGAGACAACAAUACAGAAAAGCUCUGCAAAGAUAAAUCUGGAGGUUUGAUUCAAAUGAGAAAUUACACCAGUACAUGGUCUCAAACAACAAAAGAAGUUUACAAAAAGAUUGCAGACGUCUUCUGUCACAAGAUUUCAGACUUUAAUAUUUGUUGAAAAACAGUGACGAAAGCCCUCGUUCUUGGACAAAUGCAACUGUGGAGACAAUCCUGACUCUAACGUGUAGAUACAGGACUCAACAAGACUGAGAGGGUAUACUUUCUGUUUUAUUGCAAGACUCCCAGUAACCAAAGAUGCUGGUGUUGAGGGGUACCCACAAACCAGUCUUGGGGCCCCAUGCUUGGUCUGGCCAGCGCCAAUUAAGACUGCAAUUUUGCAGCAACCUACCGCUCCUAAAAAGGCAAAAGUCAUUAUGUUAUGCAGCGUCGGUAUAUGCAAAAUGCAUUCAUUUUCAGUCCCACUGCAAGCAAAUGGGAUCAAGUGUUUUAUUGUGGGGCAGAAUUUGGUUGAGUAUUUGAAAAUAUUUCAGAAAAAUAUGAAUCAUGAAAUGUUGCCAUGAGUAAUGCCAUCAUAACUUAAGUGUGAGAAAGACGUUGGCAGUUUUAGCCCCUUGUCUUCUCCAGUUCCACACAUGAGCCUAAUUAUGACUCAGUAUUGCAUUACUGACAUUCCUCCAUUGCUCUCCCUUUUUCUUCUAGACCCUGCUUUCAUUUUAUGAAUUUACCUCUCUCCCUCUCUCUCUCUCUCUCUUUCUGCCUCUCUUGAGGCUCCGCAGAUUUGCUGAGCAACCACCUCCCCCCACUGCUCCCCCUCCUCUACCCCUCCUCUGACCCCCUUGGCGAAGACCAAGCGACACUCGAUCCCUUCAGUUUCACAUAGAGUCAGCUGUUCGCUUUAACCCACCUGCGUCUUUGGUUUUAAUCGUUUUAUCAGGGACUUGGAGCACAUCAUAAUGAUACGUUUUGCUUUGGUCCUGACACAUUUGCACAGUAUUUUACAUACAGCUGAGAGCGAGGAAGAGGAAGAGGAGGAGGCAGAUAUGAGAGGAGGGAGGGGAUAGAAAUUGAAACCGUGAGGCAGCUCAAAAGGAAUUGUUAAUGGAUGCAUGAGAAUAAGGGAUGUUCAGCCUCUGGGUUUGUUUGAUAAAUGAAGCUUGUGUGUGUGUGUUUGUGUGUGUGGUUUAGGAAGACAGACAAGGUUACCCAUAGCUCGGUGGCUUUUCUUGCAAGAAUUGUCUGCAGGGUUUUUUGGAAAGCAGCUCUGGAGAUAAGAGUGCAUGCUACGUGACAGGUAGCAGCUCACCGUUACAAAAUCCUAUGGGUUAAUCCAGGAGGAGGAGGAGAAGAAGGUAAAGGGAGGAGGCGGGGAGAGGACAAGCAGGUCACACCACUCCUCAGCCUUUAUGCUGCCCAGCACAAGAAGAAGAGGCAGACUGUCCGUUUUUCACUCUGUCGCUCUUUUGCUCUCGUCUUUCCUCUGUCACUUCCUCCCUCCACCCCCUCUUUUUUCCUUCUCCUCUGUUCCCCUUUGCUAGUCAGCCACUACAGCCCUCCCUCCGUCUCCCUCUCUCUCUCUUCUUGACUUCCUCUCCUCCCGUGCCUCUCUCUAUGACACUGGAAAGCGUCUCAGUGUGAAAAUGCCAUCCUGCUCUCCAGACUGUUGCCUCUUUCAGGCGGUGGAGAUCGUGAAGGUUUGGAGCGAGGAUGGGGCCGGUAAAGUGGUGGAGAUCCCAGCGGACAUGACAGCAAGAGAUGUUUGUCAGCUUCUAGUCUAUAAGAGCCACUGCCUGGAUGACAAUACCUGGUCAUUGGUGGAGCACCACCCGAUACUAGGCCUUGAGCGAUGUCUGGAAGAUCAUGAGUUGGUGGUUCAGGUUCAAGCUUCAAUGAGCAGUGACAGUAAAUUUCUCUUCAGGAAGAACUAUGCCAAAUAUGAAUUCUUCAGGAACCCCCUGAACUUUUUUCCGGAGCAGAUGGUAGCCUGGUGUCAGGAGUCCGAUGGCUCCAUCCCUCAAACACAGCUUUUACAGAACUUCCUGAACUCGAGCAGCUGUCCAGAGAUUCAAGGCUAUCUGUACUUGAAAGAACCUGGACGUAAGUCAUGGAAGAAGCUCUACAUGUCGCUGCGACGCUCCGGCCUCUACUACUCCACGAAAGGAACUUCAAAGGAGCCACGUCACCUGCAGCUGCUGUCAGACCUGGAAGACAGUAACAUUUUCACCUUCAUCCCGGGCAGGAAGCUUCACAACGUCCCCACAGACUUCCAGUUCUGCAUCAAGCCCAAUAAAGCCUGCAGCGACUGUAAAGAGCUGAAGAUGCUGAGUGCUGAAGAUGAGCAGAGCCGCACCUGCUGGAUGACUGCUUUCAGGUUGCUCAAGUACGGAAUCGAACUGUAUAAAAGCUACACUGUCCCCCAGCAGAGGAAGCCCAACCUCUCGCAUUUCUCUUCUCCUGUGCGAAGCGUGUCUGAGAACUCUCUGGUUGCCAUGGACUUCUCCGGACAGACAGGUCGGGUUAUUGACAACCCUGUGGAGGCCCAAAGCGCUGCGGUGGAGGAGGGACACACAUGGAGGAAGCGAAGCCCACGCAUGAAUGUCCUCGGGAGUCCCAGUCCCCUGCACCCGUCCUCUCUCAGCACAGUCAUCCACAGAACUCAGGUGUGGUUUCAUGGGCGCAUCGUGAGAGAAGAAGCCCACAAGAUGAUCAUGCAGCAGGGUCAAGUGGACGGGCUCUUCCUGUUGCGGGACAGUCAGAGUAACCCCAAGGCAUUUGUGCUCACCAUGUACCACCACCAGAAGAUCAAGCACUUCCAGAUCCUCCCGUGUGAAGAAGACGGAAAGGUGUUCUUCAGCUUGGACGACGGCGCCACCAAGUUCACCGACCUGAUCCACCUGGUGGAAUUCUACCAGCUCAACAGAGGAGUGUUGCCCUGCAAGCUCAAACACCCGUGCACCGCCGUGGCCUUGUGACACUCCCCCUUUGUACCCUUUUCUUUUUGCACACUUCCCCUCGCCCCGGCUGAGCCCCCUCCCACCCCCCUUACAACCUCUCACCAACCCUGAAGAGUUUGAGGAGAUCCGGAGAAGUCAACUCAGCAGGAGCUAAGCACUGGAGACGCCUCUGGUGCACAAGCUUUGCUUCGCCUUACUGCGUUUUGGAUGCUUGAACGGAAAAUGAGGUCUGAAAGUUGGGACAGUGUGGGACCAGGAAGUGGUGGGGUUUUAUGGUUGGAUCCCUCUGUUAGUCCCCUCGACACAACUCCUCCAUUCCUCCAGGCAUGAUAAGCUGCGGUGUCCCUCAGGGGGGCGCCCUUUGACUUCCUCACCGAUCAUCAGGGAUGGAUGAGAAGCUCUCUGGCUGUUGGUCCAGGAGUUCUCUCAGCCUGCGCAGUCCAGUCUGGAUAAGCUGACACAACGACCCCGCUGAUUCAACACGUGCCCCUCCUCCUCCACACAAGCUCAGAGGGCCGGAUGAAAGGAAAAAGGAAUGUUCUGUCAGGAAGGCCGUGACGAGCCUCUCUUGUAGAGUCGAUUACUUGAUGUCAUUGUGAUGCUGUUUUAUUACUGUUGAGUCAAUGCAGAACCCGUUUUGCACUUGUGGGGGCGACAGAGAGCGAGCUCUCGUCCUCUUCCUCCUCACCUUCUGAGGGGAUCGCAGCCCUGGCGCUAGAGACCUGGCCGCAGGAGGAGGCGGAGGAGGACGGCUGGGGACGGCGCCCCGGGAGCCCGUCCACCCCCGAGCUUCGACCAUUUCUUCUUCAAUCAAAGGCUGACGUGAAUUGGUGUUGAAUGUGAUUUGUGUUUCUGGAGGUCUGUUCUUAGCUCACUGCUUGCACAUUUGAAUUUCAACGUUGAAGGGUUCAGAGCCGCCGUGUUCGGACUCACUGCUGCGCGCAGACACUGACCACUGUUUCCAGACAGAAGCACUCCCGAGACGAAUAACUUGAAUCGUGAGCUCAGCUGACUGUACGGCAGCCCAGUCAAGUGAGCGUCACUUGCCUUAAGUCAGAAUGGUGAGCCUCGUGUGUGAAGAGCUGCAUGUGAACGCGCGCGCUGGUGCUCACCACGAGGACCGCAGUCGCCGUCAGCAGAAGCUACGCCGGUCUAGGACAAAAGCCACCAGCACUUUUUGGGCCGCGGGGUCACGUGCAGUCACGCCGCACGCCACACCCGUCAGACUCCCGCACCAUCACCUUCGCGUCACGUGACCCGAGAGAAUCAGUUUACAUCGGACGUUCGCCUCGUACCGGCGUUAGCCGCUCCUGGAGACAGACGUCAACCACAAUCGCUCUCCGCGAUCAGCUCUGCAGCCGCGCUGUGAACGCUCCAGUUGUGUCUCCACAAGAUGGGUGUUGCUUAGUGGACUCUUUAGGAACUCUCACCUGCGCUGCUCCCCAUGGUCUCAUACGCUAACAGAACGAUCCCACCGCGUUGCAUCUUCAGGGACGAAGCUUUACACAUGAACUGCACCCACCAUUUGGCGCCUGUGUAGAAGGUUCGGUUCCAGUUUGGUCCUCUGAUCCAGAGGUUCAGCGUGUGCUUGCGGCCUGCAGGGAUCCAGUCUGUGACUCUGCUCAACUGUUAGACGAUCUUUCACCAUGUAGCGUUGUCGGCGCAUCAGUCCGCCUGAACUUCUGUUCCCCUUCGAGCGCUCACAGUGAUGAAGUCCCGCUUCACUGCGCUGACCCUCGAUCCUCAUGAUCCCUUCGCAGUCUCAGUGACGGUAACAUCAGCCCGUCGAGCCUCGAACAUUGUUGAGCCGACUUCCCUCACUGAGGCUUGGGAACCAGAUGCGACGCCGGCGCGUGCUUGCCUCUGUAGCAGUCCCACAUUUCCUAGAGCCGCUCAGUCAGGACCGUGACCCGGGUCUGACCCUCCGACUACCUAGCAAACUGGUGCCGCCCGUCCGACCAAUCUCAGCACGCGAACCAUUCGGCCUUCGUCAGUCAGACUCUCCAGGGAUUGGAUAAUGCUUGAACCCCAACGCCCCCAACCCAACUGUGUCCAGCCUGUAAGCUAUUACCGUGUGAGUGUGAGCGAGCGCGUGCGCGGCUAGACUGUUAUACUGACUAAUCAGGAUUGCUAACUCAGCUGUUAUCAUACAUACAUGCCUUUGUAGACCAGUAGUGAGAAGGUGGUGACAGGAAAGCGAUGCCUUGCUUGGUUGAGGACGGGAGGUGACAGGUAUCCCAGUAUUCUCGUCACACGGGGAGGCGGGGUAUGAGGUCACUCGCCGUCCUCCUCCUCUGGUUUGUGCUACCGUGCAAUUGUAGAGCCCGAGUCCACCAGUAGAAGUGUGAACCUAUGUGAAGCUCUGGAGGAGACGUAGAUCUAACACUGUACCUAGGUCACAGAUCACUAUGUGAGGGGCGUUAUGUUUUACUCAUAACUCCACGUAAAUAUGAAGAAUGAUUUAUUUUGUCCUUUUUUUUUUCAAUAUUUGACUGUGUGUAUUAUUGUGUAUUUUCUUGUUUGCCACAAAAAAAGACCUUUUAUAAAAAAUAUAUAUAAAAUAAAGAU